CUUGUAUAUAUGCAUGUGAGUGUAUGUGUGCGCGCGCACGUGUGUAGUCUUGCAUUGUACAGGGUCAAGUUUUUGUUAUAUGUGGGCUCACACACACAUACAAGCACGCACGCAUGCAUACAGAUUUGUUCCCAACAAAAAUUUGACCCUGUGACAUUGCAAGAGCGCGCGCGCACACACACACAAUCACACACACGAGUAAUUCCUUUACUCCUUGCUAUGGCCAUCUGGAUGUAGGUAGACAUACAGGGGUAGCCUUGCUGAUGGCAUACAAUCAUUCACUGCUGCUAUUGAAGCCAACAUCCCCUAACAGCCGUCCAGCAGCAUCAACGCCAGCCUUUGGUCCAGAUAAUACUUACUGGUCAUUUAAAAUUUCACGUGUUUCCACCGUCCACUCUCUCUCUCUCUCUCUUUCUCUCACAUAUACAUAUAUCUACAUACGUGCAAGCAGUCACACCAUACAUGGUUCGCACUACACAAAACAAAACAAAUAAAUGAAUAAACAAGCGAGGUUUUGUGACGUCAGAAGGUAACGAAUUCACCACCCGCUCAGGACUUCAGCCAGUGUCACUUUCCGGUCAGUCGCUCAUAAAAAUAUAUGAGAGAAAGUGGCCAGUCCCAAGUGAAAAUGGCGGAUUCGGCAACAGCAAAAGUGGAGAGAGAAAAAGUUGGGCUUUUACAAGAAUUUUCUGCAGAAUUGCCAGACGAUGAAUAUACUUGCAGGCUGCAUUCGAUUUUGACUAUCGAAGAUAAUAAUAUUGCUGUGAUUGAUUUCAACAACAAGCGAUUGAAAUUGUUCAAUCAAUCGGGUGGGUUUCUACACAGUGUUGAAUUUGACCACCAUCCUCGUCGCGCUUGUCUGACCCCAACCAAGGAUAUUAUCGUCACCCUCAAGGGAAUCAGUCAGCUCGCCAUUAUUCAAUAUAUUGAUCACCAAUUACGUAUAACCAAUACAAUUCAGACUGACAAGGAAUACAUCGAUAUCGAUGCUAUCGACCACAAGAGGUUGGUUGCGAACAUGUGCGGCUACAUCGAUGUUCUGAAUUACGAAGGAAAAGUGUUAAACCGAAUAAACCAUUACAUCGGUGAAGGAACGGAAGGUCUUCGUGUGAAAUUUCCAUCGUCUCUUAGAACCAGGAAUAAUCUCCUUUAUACAACAGAAGUUCGUUACAACGGAGACAGGAGCCUCGGCUUGCAGUGUAUGAUUUGUUGUGACCUGUUUGGCAAGGCCAUAUUCGUAUAUAAAGGUCCGAAGGAGCCUCUGUUGUUUCCUUGUGGAGUCACCCUCGACAAGUAUGGCAAUAUUUACAUAGCUUGUCGAGUGACCAGCAGAAUUUAUAAAAUAGAACCAAACGGUUCGAUGGAAAGCUUGCUUUUGUCCAAGUCUGACGGAUUAUCUCAACCAUGGUGCAUGUGGGUCACUGAAAACAUGAGGCUUAUCUUUACUGAAUAUGAAUCCAGCAUAAUUCGAAUGUUCCAGUUGCCUCUGAAAUAAUUUUAACAUUCAAAUCGGAACAAACUUCGUCCAACCUCUACCAGAUGUGCAAAUUUUAUUCUUUUUCUUUCUUCGUACAAAUACAUUAUUUCUUUCGAUUUUAAAAUUAUCAAAAUCUCGAAACUUUCAAAAACUAUAUAUAUAUAUAUUUGUAGAAAUCCAAUUUAUAUUUUCUUUAAACAAACAUAACAUAUCAAUAUUAUGUUUUACCUUAUUAAAAUAACAAAAUGAUGAGGUAAGAGAAUUUUGGAUAAUUUUUAUUUUAUUUUUUCUCGUUGCAAAUGAAUUUUAAAACGUUACAUUUGAUAGAUUUAUAACUAGAAGAAGAAAAAAAUGAUACAAAAUAUGAUUUUUAUUUUACCAAAACUCGUAAAAUAACUGAUAUAUUGAAAUAUGUCUUUUAUUUUUUCAUUUCUAUAUUAGCUUUUAAAUUUGAAAAAAAAGAAAAAAACGAAAACAAGCAAAUGAUUUUUUAUUAAACUGCUAAAAUGUAUUGAAUCUUCUGAGCAGUAUAUAUCUUUUUUAUUUUAUAUAUUUUAAUUUUAUAACUAUAUAUUUCGUAAUAAAACUUUUGGAAGUCAGUAGGAUUUCUACCAUUCCCUGGAUAAUGUUUUCAUUUUGCUGAUAACAAUUUCUAAAAAAACUACUUCGUGAAGAAGUUGAUAGAUCUCAGCAGUUUGAAUUUUUUUGCUGGAGGACACACAAAAUAUCAAAUUCCAUUUACAAAUGACCCAAAAGUUUUUUUUAUUUUUAUUAUUUUAUUUCGAAGCCAAAUAUUUUGGGGCCUAUUGCGUUAUUGGUUGACACCUGAAAGUUCAAGAUAAACACCAACCACGCUGACAUCACCAAAAAGCUUGGAUAACCCACAUGUACCCUCCCCUCCUCUCAAACAUCGCUUUCAAUUUUUUUUUUUGUUUGAGUCAUUAGACAGCUGCUAUACCGAGGAAACACCUUGAAGGGUUUGAUCCUGUGGUGCCCAACUUUUUCGCUACCAAGGACCCUUUUUAUUUAAAUGAGUUUU